GGGGCGGGUACCGUGCCCGCCAUUGCGGGCGCGCCCUAUUUUCUUGCCCUAUUCUUGGACACUGCGUGGGGCAGGGUCGUGAGGGGAAAAGUGACGGCGUGUCGCAGCGGGAGGUGUGUGGUGCAGGCCCACAAAUACGGACGCGUGGCGGAACCCACACCUAGGGCGCUGGCUCCGCCCCGCAAGCCGCUCGCCGUGAAGGGGCGGGGCCCAGAGUGGGUGGGUCCGCGCACGCGCCGCGUGGGGGACGGAAGUGAAACUCUAAGAAAUGAGAUGGAGAAGUACGAGCGGAUCCGAGUGGUGGGGAGAGGUGCCUUCGGGAUUGUGCACCUGUGCCUGCGAAAGGCUGACCAGAAGCUGGUGAUCAUCAAGCAGAUUCCAGUGGAACAGAUGACCAAGGAAGAGCGGCAGGCAGCCCAGAAUGAGUGCCAGGUCCUCAAGCUGCUCAACCACCCCAAUGUCAUUGAGUACUACGAGAACUUCCUGGAAGACAAAGCCCUUAUGAUCGCCAUGGAAUAUGCACCAGGCGGCACUCUGGCUGAGUUCAUCCAAAAGCGCUGUAAUUCCCUGCUGGAGGAGGAGACCAUCCUGCACUUCUUCGUGCAGAUCCUGCUUGCACUGCAUCAUGUGCACACCCACCUCAUCCUGCACCGAGACCUCAAGACCCAGAACAUCCUGCUUGACAAACACCGCAUGGUCGUCAAGAUCGGUGAUUUCGGCAUCUCCAAGAUCCUUAGCAGCAAGAGCAAGGCCUACACGGUGGUGGGUACCCCAUGCUAUAUCUCCCCUGAGCUGUGUGAGGGCAAGCCCUACAACCAGAAGAGUGACAUCUGGGCCCUGGGCUGUGUCCUCUACGAGCUGGCCAGCCUCAAGAGGGCUUUCGAGGCUGCGAACUUGCCAGCACUGGUGCUGAAGAUCAUGAGUGGCACCUUUGCACCUAUCUCUGACCGGUACAGCCCUGAGCUUCGCCAGCUGGUCCUGAGUCUACUCAGCCUGGAGCCUGCCCAGCGGCCACCACUCAGCCACAUCAUGGCACAGCCCCUCUGCAUCCGUGCCCUCCUCAACCUCCACACCGACGUGGGCAGUGUCCGCAUGCGGAGGCCUGUGCAGGGACAGCGAGCGGUCCUGGGCGGCAGGGUGUGGGCACCCAGUGGGAGCACAGGAGGCCCCCAUCUGUCCUGCAGGGCAGAGAAGUCCGUGGCCCCCAGCAGCACAGGGAGCAGGACCACCAGUGUCCGCUGCAGAGGUAUCCCCCGGGGACCUGUGAGGCCAGCCAUCCCACCACCACUGUCGUCAGUGUAUGCCUGGGGUGGUGGGCUGGGCACCCCCCUGCGGCUGCCAAUGCUCAACACAGAGGUGGUCCAGGUGGCAGCUGGGCGCACGCAGAAAGCCGGCGUCACGCGCUCUGGGCGUCUCAUCCUGUGGGAGGCCCCACCCCUAGGUGCAGGCGGAGGCAGUCUCCUCCCUGGGGCAGUGGAGCAGCCACAGCCCCAGUUCAUCUCGCGUUUCCUGGAGGGCCAGUCGGGCGUGACCAUCAAGCACGUGGCCUGUGGGGACUUCUUCACUGCCUGCCUGACUGACAGAGGCAUCAUCAUGACAUUCGGCAGCGGCAGCAAUGGGUGCCUAGGCCAUGGCAGCCUCACUGACAUCAGCCAGCCCACCAUUGUGGAGGCUUUGCUGGGCUAUGAAAUGGUGCAGGUGGCCUGUGGGGCCUCUCACGUGCUGGCCCUGUCCACUGAGCGAGAACUAUUUGCCUGGGGCCGUGGAGACAGCGGCAGACUGGGGCUAGGCACCAGGGAGUCCCACAGCUGCCCCCAGCAGGUGCCCAUGCCCCCAGGACAGGAAGCUCAGCGAGUUGUAUGUGGCAUCGAUUCCUCCAUGAUCCUCACUGUGCCUGGCCAAGCCCUAGCCUGUGGGAGCAACAGGUUCAACAAGCUGGGCCUGGACCACCUCUCCCUGGGGGAGGAGCCUGUCCCCCACCAGCAAGUGGAGGAGGCCCUGAGCUUCACACUACUAGGCUCUGCACCCCUGGACCAGGAGCCUCUGCUGAGUAUAGACCUGGGCACUGCUCACUCAGCUGCUGUGACUGCCUCGGGUGAUUGCUACACUUUUGGCAGCAAUCAGCACGGACAGUUGGGCACCAAUACUCGCCGAGGCAGUCGGGCACCCUGUAAGGUCCAAGGCCUUGAGGGCAUCAAGAUGGCAAUGGUAGCCUGUGGGGAUGCCUUCACUGUAGCUAUUGGGGCAGAGGGCGAAGUGUACUCUUGGGGCAAAGGGGCGCGAGGUCGAUUGGGAAGGAGGGAUGAGGAUGCCGGACUCCCUCGGCCAGUGCAGUUGGAUGAGACACACCCUUACACGGUGACUUCCGUGUCCUGUUGCCAUGGAAACACCCUCCUGGCUGUUCGAUCGGUCACAGAUGAGCCGGUCCCCCCCUGAGGCACCCGGAUUCACCUCUGGACCACCCUGAUAUUGCUUCUCCUCUGAAUGCUCUGAAAAGUGCAGGUGCCCAAGGCAUGACUUGCAGCUGUCUCCUGGAUUGUGUCAUCAUGGGGUAUCAGGGCUGGCAAAACCCCUGCUCUGCUUUUGGCCUUGGAUAUGGAAACCUCAACCACUUUGUUCUCCUACCACCUCUUUGCCCUUCCUACCCCUUCCUCCCUUCAGUCAGUGUCCCCAGGGUCCAGCCUGGCUAGAGUUAGAAGGCAGACCUAGCCUUUGGAAGCAGGGUGGCCUCCAGAGCCUUGCCAUAAAAAGGCUGAAGGCAGCCGGGCGCGGUGGCUCACGCCUGUAAUCCCAGCACUUUGGGAGGCUGAGGCGAGCGGAUCACGAGGUCAGGAGAUCGAGACCAUCCUGGCUAACGUGGUGAAACCCCAUCUCUACUAAAAAUACAAAAAAAAUAGCUGGGCGUGGUGGCACGCGCCUGUAGUCCCAGCUGCUCAGGAGGCUGAGGCAGGAGAAUGGCGUAAACCCGGGAGGCGGAGCUUGCAGUGAGCCGAGAUCGCUCCACUGCACUCCAGCCUGGGCGACAGAACCAGACUCCGUCUCAAAAAAAAAAAAAAAAAAAAAAAAAAAAAAAGGCUGAAGGCACCUGUAGCUCCACACAGACCCUAUUCUUUCCCCUAGCCCAGUUAGAAAAUAAGUCUGGGCCGGCGGCGGUGGCUCACACCUGCAUAGGCAGUGCUUUGGCCAGGAGGAUCCCUUGAUCCCUUGUGGCCAGGAGUUGGGAAACCAGCCUGGGGACUAUAGCGAGACCGCUGUCUCCACCAAAAAAAAAGAAGAAGAAGAAGAAGAAAAUAAGGCUGGGUGCGGUGGCUCACGCCUGUAAUUCCAGCACUUUGGGAGGCCAAGGCGGGCGGAUCACUUGAGGUCAGUAGACUGAGGCCAGGCUGGCCAACAAGGUGGAACCCCGUCUCUACUAAAAAUACAAAAAUUAACCAGGCAUGGUGACGGGCGCCUGUAAUCCCAGCUACUCUGGAGGCUAAGGCAGGAGAAUACCUUGAACCCGGGAGGUGAAGUUUGCAGUGAGCCGAGAUCGCACCACUGCACUCCAGCCUGGAUGACAGAGCAAGUCUCCCUCUCAAAAAAAAAAAAAAAAAAAAAAAAAAAAAGUCUUUGGUGCUUACCGGGACUCUAUCUCCAUGCUUUGGAGCAGGGCAAGCCAGGGCCUACCUGGACUAGCCAUUAGGCCUGCCUAGCUUCUGCAUAGCCCGGGGCUGGGCGGUCCCCGGGAGUGCUGCCACCUCCCCUACACUUUCAUCCUGAGGCAGGAUUUGCUAGACGUCGGCUUGCCUCUCUUCCCCAGCAGGAGGGCAGGAGUCACUAAGUGCUGCAGAAAAGAUCCGCGCUGGAGAUUGCCCGUGCCCCCAUGCCUUUCCCCAGAAACAGUUGAGAGAAUGGGUAGCUGGUGGGACCAGACCGGUUUCCCAGAGGACAGGAAGUAAAGCCAAUAAAAAUAUCAGCUGCC